AUGAAGUACUGUCUCAUCUUCACUCUCCUGGGUGCAGCGGGAGCCAUUCUGGUCAAAGAGUCUAAAAAUGAAGAGUCGAGCCACCCGGAAGAUUUGACUGUUCCUUACUUGGUCUAUUUGCAGUCCAGCCCAGAACCCUGCGUGGGGUCUCUCAUUUACCCCGAGUGGGUCCUGACAGCUGCUCACUGCCCCUUACCUGUUAAAAUUCGACUGGGAGUUUUUCAACCCAGCAUCACAAGUACCAAAGAGCAGGAACGGAAUUACUCGUUGACCGUGCCCUACCCUGAAUUCAAUGCGCACACGCUGGAAAAUGACCUGAUGAUGGUAAAACUGUCCGAGGCUGCUGUACUCAACCGCUACGUGGGAACCAUAGCCAUAGCUCUGGAACCUUUGGCACUUAAUGAUUCCUGCUUUAUCCCAACUUGGAGGUGGAAUGUAUAUAAAAACUUGACUGACCCUGAUAUCCUCACUUGGACAAACCAGUAUUCUCUUCCCUCCCAUGAGUGCCGGGGCAUGAUAACCCAAAGAACGACAGUCAACAUGAUGUGUAUGGGACAACCUCUGAACAACGUAUAUAAAAUUAAGGAAGUUGCAGCUGCUCCAGCCAUCUGUGCUGGGAGGCUGCAUGGAAUCUUGUCCUGGGCCAAAGGCAGUGUCACCCUGGGAGGUGAAGGAUUCUACACAGAAAUUCACCCCUAUGCCAGAUGGAUCCUAAAAAUCGUUAAGAGUCACUGA